GAUGAACAACGUCGGUCUGCCUAGUCCGGUAAUACAACUUUUACAGCAAUUGACGCCUCAUAGUGACGACUUGAAGUGGCGAGUCAGCGGCGGUGGUAGAAAGGUCAAAUUGACAUUGACCUGGGACUGGCGAACACCAAAAAAGGCAACAAUUUGGAGAAAAUUUCAACGCUUGAUUAAUGGAGAAGUUCGCUCUAGAUCAAACCCGGUAACUCCUACAAGACCAAGGAAUAUUCCAUUCAUUGAAGCGGCAGCGCCUUUACGAGCUCGAAGCGAAGGGGAAAUUAUUUCAAUCGACUCCAAUGUCAGUUUUCAGUCACCCGAUGACUCUUACGAUCAAAUUUUAGACGGUUCAGUUGUUUAUCAAUGUUUGAAUGCUUGUGAGAGAAUUCUGAACUGUGAAUAA